AUGCUGGCAUCGGCCAGAGGACACAGCGGGGCUCAUAGGGACAAGGCUCGGAUCCUGAUGCUGGGUCUGGAUUCUGCUGGGAAGACCACGAUCCUCUACAGGCUGAAGCUGAAUGAGACAGUCUGUACCAUACCUACCAUUGGAUUCCACGUUGAGACUGUGGAACCCAUCCCUAAUGUGACAUUUACUGUCUGGGAUGUGGCUGGUCAGGAACGGAUUCGACCCCUGUGGAGACACUACUUUGUCAAUACAGAUGGACUGGUUUUCGUGCUGGACAGUGCUGACCCAGAGCGGUUUCUGGAAGCCAGGACAGAACUGAAUGCUAUGCUGAACGAUGAAGAAUUGAGAGAUGUGCCCUUCUUGGUAAUGGCCAAUAAGCAAGAUCUCCCAGGUGCCAGGAAACCCAUGGAGCUGGUGGACGAGCUGGGACUGAUGAAGAUAGAAGGACAUCGGUGGCACAUCCAGGGGUGCUGUGCAGUCAAUGGUGAAGGACUGGUGGAGGGGCUGGAGGUCCUCACCAACUUUGUGAAGCAGUUUCAAAACACCAGGACAUCCUAA